UUCUUCUUCUUCUUCUUCUUCUUCUUCUUCUUCUUCUUCUUCUUCUUCUUCUUCUUCUUCUUCUUCUUCUUCUUCUUCUUCUUCUUCUUCUUCUUCUUCUUCUUCUUCUUCUUCUUCUUCUUCUUCUUCUUCUUCUUCUUCUUUUUCUUCUUCUUCUUCUUCUUCUUCUUCUUCUUCUUCUUCUUCUUCUUCUUCUUCUUCUUCUUCUUCUUUGAUUAGCCUGAUUAGAUUGCUAAAGAGAAGGAAGUUAAUGCUUUAUCAUUUCUAACAAUUAAUUACACACGGUAGUUACAAUUUAACAGUUUUAACCGCAACGUUUUUUCAUAGUCAGCAAUUUUUUUUUUGACAAACUUUCUCUUUUAUUUUUGCCUUCCUAGUUUCAUUCUGCAGUUUUACGACUUUUUUUAUUUUUAACUCUACUAACAAAGUUUAAAAAUUUCUCAAAAUUUUGUGAAGGUUUAUAACGACUAUCAGUACACACAAAGUAAAACUAUAAACGCCUUUUUAUCAUACAUAUCACAGGGAGAAUGCAAUGACAUCCUAAGCUACCAUUUUUUUUCCGAUGCGCCCUGUCAAAGAAUUAGGUUCAAAUUGAGAUUUUCACAAGUUCUUUGCCCACCUACCACUUUUAAAUGUAAUUUUUUUUAUCAUUAUUAACACUUGUUAGUUGGGAAUUUACAGCUACCCAUCGGGUUUAAUUCUACCAACUACAAGUUUGAAAUUUGGUCGAACGCUCAAAUAGAUGCAAUUUGUAUGGGAUGAAACCAACCUACACUGAUAUAUUAUUCUCAGCGUUAAUACCACAAACCUCCUAUCUUAUAACAAUCAUUUUAAUUAAAUUCACACAUUCUUUUGUUUUUUCAGAUGAAUUUAACAAUCUCUGAUGAAACAUUUUAAUAACCCAAACGUGCUGUGACCUGUGCUUGAUCUUAAUUAACACAUGUGCAGUAUUUGUCAUAUUAAAAAAAUGCAGACAUUGCAUAGCAAUUAUGAGUUUAGGAUAUUGGUUAGUAAUACUAAGUGCUCAGUGGGUAUAAUGACCCUACACUAAAGAGUGUAUUCAAAACGAGAACGUCAUAUGUAUGUAUUAUAUGUUAAUAAUACAUCCUUCUUAAAAUAUAUACACGAUAAAUCAAUCCAAAAGGCCACUUCUUUCUCGGUUUUUUACGUUAACUUUUGCGAUCACAAAUACAAACAGCAAAAAAAACAUGACCCAGGGAAAGGUUACGUUUGGGUAGGCCCCGGGAGUCACCAAAACAAAAGGUCAAAAAUGGAAACAAAAGAGGCGAAAGCAUUUAUUGCAUUCUUCAAGUCAUGGGAAUUUAUCAUAAGAUAGGACUGAAACUCUCAUUCAACUAUUUGGUCGUAUCAAGUAACAAGGUAAACGCAGGCUAAUAAAUUAAAUUCUUGAAAUACUUUAACUAUUUUUGUUAUUUUAAACUGGCCUUAAUCAGUUCGAGCGCUCUGCGAAGAAGAGUGGUUUCCAUUUUGGUAACGAGAACAAAUAGAAAGUAGUGGGAAGAAACAAAACAAAACUAUACUAUGAGAAACUUAAUUUUGGAGAAAUUGAUAUCCUUUGGUAGGUUGAAUCCAGAUUUUUAUUCUUUCGAUUGAACCCCUUAAGCGUGUGAUCAAUUGGAAGACUGUUACUGUCGAAUACAUAAAAGAAAACUUGGAAGAAAACGUAGAAGCAAAGGUUUUAUUAGGAUGGGUUUCAAAUGUUCUGAAGUCGUAGAACUUCUUAUGUUAUCACUAUACGCGGUUUCUUGCAUCGAUGUUAAUGUUAUCCGUCAAGAUGAUGGCGAUAUCUUUAAUUCUUCUUCUAACAUUAAUUGCAGUAUUUAUAAUGCUAAGCAGAUAUCACCUUCGAAGUGUCAGUGUGUCUUUUCCAGUAAAUUUAUUAAUAAAAAAGUGUUUGGCUCGUUGUACGAAAAUGCAUUUGGCUACUCACGGUGUUUUUAUGACAAAGGCGCUUCAUUGGGAUGUUAUUCAUUAGGCGCGCAUUUACAAAGACAAACUCUGUCGCGCAUAAACUCGGGGAAUUCAUCAGUGAACAACACAUUUAGUGUUCGCUUGAUUUUUGAUGCUUCCAGAUAUUCUUCUUUUACUGUUACUGAUAAUCAAAAUUGGAAGAGCGAUGGUCACAAACUGCAGCUUCGAACAAACAACGUAUCCUAUUUUGGUAAGGUUUACUUUCUGAAACUUAAAUUACGUGGAAAAGAUGGAAAAAAAGACAGGGAUGUGUGCGCCUUUGUUAAAAUACCCAAUACAACCCCAAUAACAGUGGCACUAAUUUCACCCGACGAAAAAGUGAUGUAUAUGAUAAGAAAUAACGGAAAAGAUGUGUAUUUUUAUUCUCUUGUUGGAGUUGGCGUUGCUUUUGUUGUACUUGUCCUUCUACUGACAAUAAUCAUUCGUAAGAACAUCAGUGAUAGGCGUGAAAGAAGUAUUUCCAAAACAGCUCUCAUAACAAAGUGUCCUCUGGGAACUGCUAGUCAAUACUGCAAAGAAGCCAGUCUGCAUGUUCUGAGUAAAAAACAACAUGCAGAAAACCAAGUAGAACUGAACAUUAAUAGAGGAUCAAUAACAAAUCUCGCUUUAACUUGCAAAGAAGACGAACAAGAAUCACUUUCUACAAGCAAUAAAAUAGUGUGUACACAGACAGCAAUGUUGCCUUUACGUCAUAGCUUAUUAGAGAAUGCAGUGCCAGAGAAUAAAACCGUCGGAAAAGAUAAAGAAACUCAGACAGAAGGUAUAGGGUUUGACAAUGAAGAAAACAUAUAUGAAGUUACGGAAGAUGAUUUUGACAGAUAUAUGUGUUCUCAAUCACUGGAUAGUUUAUUUUAUGAAAAUACUAAAAACGACGUUUAUGAACCUCCAAGUGACUUCUUUGAAUUUCAAUCUACAAAAUUGACAGGUCGUUCAUUGUAUGGUGAGAAAGAUGGCUAUGCAAAGCCUUCUCUGGACACAACUGAUAAAGACUCGUAUGUUACCAUGGUCUUGGAACCAUAUUUAUCACCAAUCGAAGCCUGCUAUUGUAAUUUAGGUGAACAUGCAAAGUUUGAUGAAAAUGUUGAUGUGUGUUUAAAUCUAUAUUCAUAGGAAUUCAGAAGAGAAACAAUGUUAGAUAGGACUACAUUUUAGAAAAUAGGGAAAAUAUUAAGCAAAGUUAUCAGAAGAAAAACGAUCACAUGGUCACAUGAAUAGCGAUUCAAUGUUGAUCUUUUAUUUGUCAAGUAGCCACAUGAUUUAGAUUAGGGAGACACUAAGAUUUUAGUAUGGCAUGUCAUACAAGCUGUAGUUUAUUGACCGUACUUAAAUUUAAAUAACUUUUGUUUUGUAAAAUAAGGUUUCUAUAAUGUGAAAUCUUGUAUUGGCACAUAUGUAAUAUAGAAGAUGCAUGUAAAUAAAAAACACAGAGGUUUUAACAAUUUCACAACAGAGACAAAAAAAAAAUGUAUUUAAUGACUUAGCAUGUAUAUUUAAGAAGUUUUGGAUGAAGCUUUAGGAGACGCGUCUUCGGAUGGAAUUUGGUGGUUGGAGAAAUAAUUCAAUAGCCUCGUUUUAACACAACAAACUUAUAACAAGAUAAAUAAAUAAUAUCAACGAAAAUAAACUGGUUCAGAAAUUUGUUUUCUUUAACAUGUCAAUAUUUGCUAAAUCAUAACUUUAAAAAAGAGGUGUUCCAUCGUGCAGCUGUUCCUUGUAUACACUGCCGCACGUAGUGUAGUGGAUUCUUCCGGUUCCAGUUCUAAACUUCGCAGAUCAAAUUGCAUUCUUGGGUGAGAUGUCUAAAUGAAAACCUCACACUGGUUUAAAAUUUCAAUUUGGUCGACUUGACGAAACGUGUUUCAGUUUGCCCAAAACUCACCGAUAUUCUUACGGAGCGAACUGUGAACCUAAUUUACUCAAACAAGUUUAAGUUCACUUUUAGAUCUCACGUAAAUAGACUCUAAAAUGUAAUUUAAAGGGCUUCCGCAAUUCAAAACCUUCUUGCGCAUCCAAACAAAAAAAAAAAACCUUAUAGCUAUUAAUUCUCUGGUAGCUAUAUGCCUGCUAUAAAUAUGAUGUAAACAAAUCGACAAAGAAAUAAAAAUUUACUGAGAAGCGGGAAAAAAGAAAAAAAUCGUUGAUAACAUUUAAAAAAAACGAAAAUUUAAUUGCAUAUUUGAUGCAGCAACAAUAAUACA